GCUUACAACACAAAUACUUGGCAGCCUGAUAUCUCUAAUUGGAGCAGCGUGAAAGAGAUCAGAACAAUGGGGGCUCCCCCUCCUGCUUUCACAAUCAGACAUCCAGACUAUGCCAUAUCGGACAACGUUACCCCUUUCCGUGACUAUGAUUACUUCGGUGCGUUGUGGGAUCCCGUCCCUUUCUUCAGUUCAAAGCAAACAUCCGAAGAGUGGACAACCAAUGAACUCAUCACUUUCGAGCAACUUGAGGAAUAUGGAGCAUACUAUGUUGGAGAGCGAUCCGAUAUGUAUGCUGUCUCUCAUUUCGUGUACUAUGUGGAUGGAGAGUACAUGCCUGUCUUCAGAAAGAUCACUGGCUACGAUAUGUUCACUUACUGUCGCAGGAGAAUCAUGCGAAGAGAAAACCGAAGAGGAUAUGCCACUCCCAGAGCGUUUCCAAAACCCGUUUGUCUAAACCCACCAGCAAAUUCACAAGAGCAACCCAAGAGGCAGGACACUGUCAUUAAUGUGGGAAGCCUUAAAAUAAACCCAAAUCCCAAUCCGACAAACAUUAAUAAUAUGGAAAAAGGAAUGAAUGGUGAGGACGAAGAAGAAGCUUGCUGUUGGGAUGAAAUCAUUGAAGAUUAUUUCAGUGACAAGGCUUCUUCCAGUGAAUCUGAUCCAGGUUUCGAUACCAAAUAAAAUGUUUCGAGAAGGAGCCUUUAGUGCCUUCGUUUCUUUGUAAUAUUGUGGUUGAGAUUUGUGGUGUCCAAGUUAGUCAGCCCUGUUGUUUGCUGUUGUGUUUACUGAAGUUAGCUCGUUAAUUAGGGGCUGUGUCGUUCUUCAUCUAUAUCUUUAUUAAAUAAACUUUUCGUUGAA